AUGGCUAAGACCACUGAGCCCAACCGGAACAAGAGAUAUGAUCCUGCCAAGCCUCAUAUCACCGAGACUCCUUUGACCCGAUCCAAUUGGUACAAACACGUCAACUGGCUUAAUGUCACUUUGAUCAUCGGAGUUCCUCUUUAUGGCUGCAUCCAGGCUCUCUGGACUCCUUUGCAAUGGAAGACUGCCGCCUUUGCGGUUCUCUAUUACUUUUGGACCGGUCUUGGUAUCACCGCAGGCUAUCACCGUCUCUGGGCACACACUUCGUACAAGGCUCGCCUGCCUCUUCAGAUCUUCCUCGCUGCCGUGGGUGGCGGUGCCGUCGAAGGUUCGAUUCGAUGGUGGUCCCGCGACCACCGUGCUCAUCACCGCUACACCGACACCGAGAAGGACCCCUACUCAGUUCGCAAGGGUCUCAUGUACUCUCACAUUGGAUGGAUGGUGAUGAAGCAGAACCCCAAGCGCAUUGGUCGCACCGACAUCUCUGACCUCAAUGACGACCCGGUUGUCGUUUGGCAACACCGCCACUACCUCAAGGUCGUUAUCUUCAUGGGUCUGAUUUUCCCCAUGCUUGUUACCGGCCUCGGAUGGAACGACUGGAAGGGUGGCUUCGUGUACGCUGGCAUCCUCCGUAUCUUCUUUGUUCAACAGGCUACCUUCUGCGUCAACUCCUUGGCCCACUGGUUGGGAGACCAGCCUUUUGAUGACCGCAAUUCUCCUCGCGACCACAUCCUGACUGCCUUCGUCACCCUUGGAGAAGGCUACCACAAUUUCCACCACGAGUUCCCGUCUGACUAUCGAAACGCCAUCAGAUGGUUCCAGUAUGACCCCACCAAGUGGUCCAUCUGGGCGUGGAAGCAGCUUGGUCUUGCGUAUGAUCUCAAGCAGUUCCGUCAGAAUGAAAUUGACAAGGGCCGGGUUCAGCAAAUGCAGAAGAAACUUGAUCAGGCGCGCGCCAAGUUGGACUGGGGUAUUCCUUUGGAUCAACUUCCGGUCAUGGAAUGGGACGACUACCAGGAGCAGGCCAAGAAUGGCCGCGGCCUCAUCGCUGUUGCUGGUGUCGUCCAUGAUGUCACCGACUUCAUCAAAGACCACCCCGGUGGUCGAGCCAUGAUCAACUCGGGAAUUGGCAAGGACGCUACCGCCAUGUUCAACGGUGGUGUAUACCUGCAUUCCAAUGCUGCACACAACCUCCUGUCGACUAUGCGCAUUGGAGUAAUUCGUGGCGGAUGUGAAAUUCGCCAGAACCUAUCAGAUCGGUGUAUCCACAAUUUCAUAAAGCAUAUUAUUUCAAACUACAAUUCUUAUGUUCACCAAAAUGGAGAAUUUUGA